AUGGAAGAUAAAUACAUUGGCCUACUCCUAGCAGUGGCAGGCUCCGUCGCUAUCGGCUCCAGCUUCAUCCUAACAAAAAAGGGCUUGAACGAUGCUGGUGGCUCUGCGUACGGAACACAGGCGUCGGAUAACCUCUCAUAUCUCCGGAAUCCUCUAUGGUGGUUUGGCAUGUCGACCCUUGUCAUUGGCGAAAUUGCCAACUUUGCAGCCUACACCUUCGCCCCUCCCAUCCUCGUAACGCCGCUCGGGGCCCUCAGCGUCAUCAUUGGCGCUAUCCUCGCCUCUCUCCUCCUACACGAAGAACUUGGACACCUUGGCCGACUGGGAUGCACGCUGUGUCUGCUUGGCUCGCUCAUCAUUGUGUUACACGCCCCGGAGGACAAGCCCAUUUCAACCGUUGAUCAGAUUCUGGAGUAUGCCAUCCAGCCAGGGUUUCUUCUCUACUGUUUUACCGUCCUCGUCGUAUCCCUCGUCCUCAUCUACAUCAUUGCACCCAAGCACGGCCGAACGAACCCUAUUGUCUAUAUAUCUAUCUGCUCUCUCGUCGGUUCCGUCAGCGUUAUGGCCAUCAAGGGCUUCGGUGUCGCGGUCAAGCUCACCUUCGAGGGCAACAACCAGUUCACGCAUCCCAGCACCUACGUGUUCGGCAUUUUCGUUGCAUUAUGCAUCCUCGUCCAGAUGAACUACUUCAACAAAGCCCUGGACACGUUCUCGACUAACGUUGUCAACCCCCUCUAUUAUGUCGGCUUCUCGUCAGCAACGAUCGUCGCCUCCCUCAUCCUCUUCCAAGGCUUCAAUACAACCGACGGUGCCAACACUCUAUCACUACUGGUCGGGUUCGUUGUGACCUUCCUUGGCGUGCACAUCCUCAACCUCUCGCGGACGCCUGAACCACCACUCGACCACGGCCACGGGGCACUCGAAGGCGGGCUCAUGAACCCACGCCUAAGCCUACAGGGCCGCAUGUCGCUCGACGGGUGGAACGGUGUUGGCGACCGAGGCGGGAUUGACGUGCACAUGAAUGGGAUCGGCCGCCCUGGGGGGCGAGCAGGACACGGACGGCAAAGUUCGCUCUACCGGUCUCAGUCCCACACCCUCUUCAACGCCUUCGAGGACGAGGACAACACCGGGGUCAACCUCGCCGACCGGGAUCGGCCUGUCCCAAGGGCGAUGGGGCACAUGCGGACAACGAGUGGCGGUUCAGAGCUCGGCCAGGUACGCGAGGCGGACGAGUGGGAGGAGUACGACCAUGACACGGAUGGUCAAGAUGAACGGGCACCGCUGCGCAAAGGCAAAUCGAAACACCGAUCCCCGCCCCGCCCGAUACACUCUCCUAGGAGCGCAGGGUCAAGGAGCCACAGUCAUUCGCCAGUUCCCGACUCAUCGUUGACCGAUGUGCGGAUAACGCCGCGCUCGUAG